AACUGUCAUUUCUAACUUAUUGAAAAAAAAUCAGGUCUUCUUUAGUAGUUUGGUAUUUAUCCCCCUCCCCCCCUGCCAAAAGGCGCUGCUGCAGAAAUGUUGUUCUUCGUUGAUUUGGGUUAGUGGAGUUAAGGAUAUUUGGGGACGUUUUUUCAUAAUCUCUUCGUGCGGAAAAGGAGAAGAAAAUCACGAAGUCAAAAGCGAAGAAACUAAGGUUUGCUUCUUUGUUCAUGAAUGAACAUUUGUUUUGGAAACCCGGUUCUGGUUUUUCCUAACGCAAAUUUUCAAGGGAAGUAAGCAACUGCUAAUCUAUUGCAGUAAAGAAAGAAAGUAAGUAAGUAAAAACUAAAGCAUUUGUGUUUAUACAUCGGUUUUUGUAAGACUACACUCCAGGGCAUGUAUUUCGUCAUUCAAGCAAUGCUAAACUGAAGCAUUUCCGCCACUCUUCAACCCUCGAAGGACUUGAACUGGAAUCCGGGACCGGAAGUAUAUAUUAAAUCCAAGAAGACGGUCGUAAACCAUGACUCUUGGCGAUACAGACAGAAAAUGAGAGCUGCAUCGGUAGAAUGCUGUACUGUGCAGUUCUUUGGUUAAUCCCACUAAAAUAACUCGGAUAUGGAUAUUUGGCCAUCUCGGCCGUCUUUUUCUGCAGCUUUUAGUAACCGCUUGCUCACAACUCGUUUUUUCAGGGAUGACACCCCUAUAAUCGCUAUUUCUGACUUGCUAAUGCAUAAUCCAAAGGAAUAAUGAGUACUCAUUAAAAUCCCUGAAUGGGGUGGGACUAGACUCGAAGCCUUGAAGGGACGGGAAACUUACAAGUCUUCCUCUAGCGCGAUCCGGAGUGGACUCUAGGAAGCCUUUAUUUUAUUUUUAUUUAUUUUUUUGCAAGGAAGGGCAUUUCGUUCAUGGCUCCAGGGAAAACAGCUAAGAAAACUAUCCGGCCCCAGCUGGAUCGUCAGUUCCUCCACCGAUUCCUAAAGAUCCAAACAAUUUUAUUUCCUACCUUCACCUCUAAGAAUGUGCUGAUGUUUCUAACCUUGCUUGUAGUUGCUUUAUUGACUCAACUGAUUAUUUACCAGGUGGGACUGAUUCCCAGUCAAUAUUUCUCAGUUCUGGGAAAGAAAGAUCUUUAUGAGUUCAAUAAAGUGACAGCAGUUGCUCUGAUUCUCAUUGUACUCAACUCUUUGCUGAAGAGUUUAGACCAGUUUAUCUGCAAUCUGAUGUAUGUCAGCUGGAGAAAGACCCUCACUGAAUACCUCCAUGGCUACUACUUUCAGGGCCAGGAGUAUUAUACUCUGAAUGUUCUACAUGAGGAAAUUGAUAAUCCAGACCAGAGAAUCAGUCAAGAUGUGGAGAGGUUCUGCAAACAGCUGAGCUCCAUGGCCAGUAAGCUGAUCAUCUCACCCUUCACCCUUGCUUAUUACACCUAUCAAUGUUUUUACAGCACUGGUUGGCUGGGUCCUCUAAGCAUCUUUGGCUAUUUUAUCAUUGGGACAAUUGUUAACAAGUUCCUAAUGAGUCCCAUUAUUUCAAAACUGGUGCAACAGGAAAAGCUUGAAGGUGAUUUCAGGUUUAAGCAUAUGCAGCUGCGGGUGAAUGCUGAAUCUGUUGCUUUCUACAGAGCUGGAGAAGUUGAACACAUGCGAACCAACUACAAGCUUCAAAAUCUUUUAAAGACGCAAAGAGAACUGAUGGGAAAGGAACUAUGGCUAUACAUUGGGAUCAACACCUUUGACUAUUUGGGCAGCAUCCUGAGCUACGUGAUGAUUGCCAUUCCUAUAUUUAAUGGAGUAUAUGAUGAUCUGAAUCCCACAGAAUUGAGCUCCUUAGUUAGCAAGAAUGCCUUUGUCUCCAUUUACCUGAUUCACUGUUUCAGCGUCUUAAUUGAUCUCUCUACCACAGUGUCUGACGUAGCUGGCUACACGCACAGAAUUGGAGAGUUGCAGGAAGUAUUGCUGAAUCUUUCCAAGAAGGAAAAUCAUAGUGAAUCACAAGACAAAUGGGACUUUGACAGAAAUUCUUGUAAGAAUAGAAAUUUGUGGAAUUCGUCCUCUAAGAGACUUGAUUGUUAUCCAUACUGGCAUCAUUUCAGCACCAGCAUUUCUAAAGAGAAGAGGAUUUCAAACGAGACCGCUUUUGUUCUGGAGCAUGUUUCUCUUGCUGCUCCUUCCAAGAACCUGCUUAUCAAGGACCUAAACAUGAAAGUCACACAAGGGAACAAUCUCCUGAUUACUGGGAAUACAGGCACAGGAAAGACAUCUUUGUUGCGUAUUCUCGGAGGCCUGUGGAAGUGCAAGCAGGGAGAAGUCCACAUGCUGACUUCCUUUGGCCCCCAUGGAGUGGUGAUCAUACCUCAGCGUCCUUUCUUCACAGAUGGAACACUGCGGGAACAGAUUAUAUACCCUCUAAAGAAAAUCUAUCCAGAUUCUGGGUCUAUAGAUGAUGAUAGGAUACUCAGGUUCCUGGAGCUGGCUGGACUGUCAGACUUGUUAAUGAGAACAGGAGGUUUGGACCAGCCUGUGGACUGGAACUGGUAUGACAUUCUUUCACCAGGUGAGAUGCAACGGCUGUCAUUUGCUCGCCUGUUCUACUUACAACCCCAGUAUGCAGUGCUAGAUGAAGUUACGAGUGCAUUGACAGAAGAUGUAGAGAAUGAGAUGUACAGAAUCUGCAUCCAACUGGGAAUGACUCUGGUCAGUGUGGGCCAUCGCAAAAGUCUAGAAAAGUUCCAUAGCUGGAUUUUGAAACUGUAUGGAGAAGGAAAAUGGGAGCUAACAAGAAUUGAGAAAUCCUGAACUAUUCCCAAACCAAUCACAGAAAAUAUUGGAGUUAAAGUCUCAAGUUAAAGUGCCUUGGAAUCAGCAUGCUUUAAUGGAGAAAGUAUGGUUGGAAAGUUCAAAAUUACAAGUGCCAAGAAGAUUUCCAAUUUAAAAAAACCAUGGAGAGGAAAGCUUUUAACCAUUUCUUAUCUUAUAAAUUUGUUUCCAAUCCAUUGUUUUGAUUGCUGUACCCCUUAUACAACCUUUCAUCCAGAAGAGAAAGAAAGAACAAUGUUGUUUCAUCUAUGAAACUCAUUUUUAAGUGUGACUGGUAUUAAAGUUCUGCAUAACAGGAAUUAUGCUGGCCUAUCUACAUAAGGACAGUGAAUGUAGCACAGCCUCUUUGAUCGUAAUUUAUAUCAAGGUUGGAGCUAUAGCUUCCUUGCCUGACUUGAAGGAAGAAAGAAGCGAUGUAAUUUCUAUGAUCUGCCCUUAGGCCUCUGUUUUUCGAGUUGCUACUGUAGCAAAUGGAUCAAUAAUCUCGCCCCUAGAACUCUUCAGUCAGACUGUUUAAAGAUUUUAUUUGAUGCAAAACAACAAUGAGUUUUGUAAAAUGUCAGCGCCACUUGAUAAAAAGAAAAUCAAAUAAGCAACUCUGGACAAGUUGUGAAGUACAAGAUAGAGCUUUGUAGAGGGUAGGGAUGGGAGGGAUUUUUUUCAGUCAUUCUAUUCCUUCCCCAAUGGUCAUUCCAGUCUGGGAUGGUGCAGAGGUCAGUGGCCUCUGACGUGUGAGAUGCCACAAGGGUUACACCUCUCUUUCCUGUUCAUUGCCUAUAUCAAUGCUAUCAAUCUCGCAGCCCGCGGGCCGGAUGGUCAUGCGCUGGCCAUGGCCACGCCCAGUUCAGGGAAGGGGGGGAAAGUCCCAUUGUCACGUGACAAUGCGAGUUUGACACCCCUAGUCUAUAUGAAGCUUCUAGGAAAAGCCACCUGACAAUUGGGGAUUCAGUGUUAACUGUAUGCUAAUGAUAGUCAAUAUCGCAUUACUAGCCAGGCUUUGAGGGGGUGCCAUCAAUGUCCUUUCCCAGGACCUGGAUGGCAGUGAAAAGACUGAAAAGGAAACUUAGUAAAUUGGAGUUGGUGUGGAUACUCAGAGUUCUCUGUUGCCACAAGAGCUGUUUCUGAUGAGCAAGCACCCAGAUAUCUGCAGGACCACAUACUCCAAUCAGUCCUGGUCUGACCAAUCAGACCAAACACAAACUACAACUCUUCCUACAUUUUCAAGAGGCACGGGCCUAAAGCAAGAAGACACUGGCUUUUCAGUGGCAGCACCAAUACUGCGGGACAGCUUGCUGGUAAAGAUCAGGCUAGCCCCCUCCUUGUUGAUGUUUCAGAAGCUACUAAAGAUGAAAUUAUUUUGGAGAGAUUUCCCCUGAUUUUGCUCUGCCACCUUUAGCUUCUAUUUUAUUGUUUGUAUUAUUAUAUUUGAUGAGGAGGGUUUAUUUUUACUAUUUUUUUUGUACUGUAGAUGUUUUACUUGGUUUUUAUAGUCUAUGUAAGCCAGCAAGCAUCUUUGGCUUAUGGCAAAAUGGAAAUGUGAAAAAUAAAUACCUCUGUCCAUCUAUCAAA